GACACAACUUAAGCAGUGGGGAACGCGCGUUUCGCUAACUUGCAUUGCAGUGAAUUAUAAUUAAAAAUCUUUAGCGUUGCUCUUUUGUGUUAAUUAAAGUGCGCGCGAUAACUUAUUAGAGACUGGUUCAAAGCAUUUUGCCUGCAAAAUGGCCACAGAAGUAAUAAAUAACGUUCCCGAGAAUACUGAGAAAGAAAAGGAAGCGAAGGAGGACGCGCCGGUAGACAAUGGACAAACUAAAGAAGAUCCACCGGCAGAAAAAGUUGAAGAAAAAGCUGAGGAGAAGAAAGUAGAACCGGCUCCACCUAAGAUCACGGUGCACAAAGCUAACUUCGAGAAAGACAUCGUUUAUUUGUAUCAGUUCUCGCGGACUCCUUUGUUGCCGUCGACGUCGCCCUACUGCUUGAAAGUUGAAACAUGGCUUCGUUUGGCCGGCAUCAAAUACGAGAAUGUAGAUCACAAAGCCAAAUUUCGAUCCAAGAAGGGCCAAUUGCCUUUUGUGGAGCUGAAUGGAGAAGAGAUCGCAGACAGUACCUUCAUUAUCAAGCAGCUGUCCGAAAAGUUCAACAAAGACCUCGAUGCCUCUCUGACGCCGGAGCAACGUGUCGUGGCUCAUGCUAUGAUCUCUAUGGUGGAGAACCAUCUGUCUUGGGUCGUUCUAUGGUGGCGCGCUAAGUAUCCCGAGAGUGUCAUCAAGGGGUAUCAAGUGAAUCUUCAGAACGCGCUCAACACUCGGCUUCCCAACCCGAUACUGAACUUCUGCUACAAGCUGACGGCUGCCCGAAAGGGCAUGAAAAAAGCCAAGGCUCAUGGCAUUGGAGUGCACUCCCAGGAAGAGAUUCUUGAGUUUGGUAAAAAUGAUCUGCGGGUUCUUUCGGAUCUUCUGUCAGAUAGACCUUUCUUUUUCGGAGAUGAGCCGACUCUUCUGGACGUGGUUACGUUCGCCAACCUCGCACAAGUCCACUUCAUCGACAAAGAAGUGCAGCACCCAUUGCGAGAUGCCAUGAGCGAGAUGUUCCCCAACCUGGUGGGACUGGUGUCCCGCAUCAAGGAGCGCGCCUACAACGACUGGGAUGAUAUCUGCUCCACCCUGGAUCUAAACGCGCAUCUCCCGAAGCCGGUCAAGGAGGUGAAGGAGACGAAGGAGGGCACCGGCCCGGCUGAGAAGCAGCCCCUGCCCGAUGAGCCGGAGAAGGGAAAGGGAGAUGAAAAAGAGAAGGAAUUAGAAAAGGAGGCCGACGAGAAGGGCAAGGAGAAGGACAACGAGAAGGAGAAGUAAACGAACACCCAGUGUACGGCGCUGCAACUCAUAUACCGUAAUAAUUAACAAGUUGAAUUAUACUCUUAAGAGUCAGACUCGUAGAUUCUGUAUAUUGUAAGUGUGUAAAUCCAUUUGUCUUUCCCGUUACUUUC